AGAGGGGAUGUUUCUGUACUUGGGUUGGGAUGGUCCCUGUGUUCCUCAUUCCGUGGCGCACAGUGCCAACUCCGAAGACUGGCCUUGGCUCUGAAUUAGACAAACAGCUCACAGUCUUGACCACACAGUUGAAGCCUUGGAGGCGAACAGCCGGGAUUUUUGCCUUUUUUCUGGGAGGCCCGGCUUACCUGGCAGCUGACAAGCCAGAUAGAAUCAUUCUUCUCAUUGAGUCUCUAGCGUGCAUGACCUAGGCUUGGGAGAAGUUACCUUCUCUUCCCCUGGGGAGGAAAGGUAGUGAGAUCCUGGGGCAUUUCUCUCAAGGCUCUCUUGCGACAUCUGGCCUGAUGUCUGUAAACAGUUCUCUGAGGGUUGUUUUUUUUUUUUUUUUGUAAGUUUUAUUUAUCCUGAGAGAGAGUGUGCAAGCGGGGGAGAGAAUCCCAAGCAGGCUCCCUACUGUCAGUGCAAAGCCCGACACAGGACUCGAACUCAGGAAGCUGGAGAUCAUGACCUGAGCGGAAGUCAGACACUCAACUGACUGAGCCACCCAGGCGCCCCAGUUAUCAGAGUUUUAAUGACUCCAGUCCUCCCUACUUCCCUCCAUUCUCCACAAAGUGGUAUGGAACUCUUACUUUGGAAUGUGUACCAAGGAGAAGGGGGUGGAACUUUGAAGGCUGGUUGAAGUAUUGUCAGCUGUUCUGGGGACAGCCUUCCUCUGAGAGGAAGACCUUUUCCUCUGUGGGAGGUUCUUCUAGCUGGACUAAGAAAUUGACGUGAAACAGAUUAAGGGGAGAAAGCCAAACUUAAUUUCCUAUGUAUGUUCCGGAGUACACACACACACACACACACACACACACACACACACACGAGAUUGCAAAGACUGGCAAAAUGAGGUAGAGAUGUCACUCCGAACUAAGGAGAAGGAGGUGUAGGGGUCUGGGACUAAGAGUAAAAUGUUUGGUGAACAACUGUUUGCUGGGCCACUCAGAAACAAGGGGACUUAGGAAUUUUUUUUAUUAUUUUUAAAGUUUUUUAUGCAUUUAUUUAUUUUUGAGCGACAGAGCAUGAGUGGGGGGAGGCAGAGAGAGAACAGAACCUGAAGCAAGCUCCUGAAGAUGACGAAGCCUGCCCUUGGCCUUGGCACCACCUAGUAUGUAUAGACAUCAUUGGAUUUUUUUUAACAGCACCAUUGAGAUAUUGACCUAUAAAAAGUGUAUAUGUUUAAGGUGUACGACUUGAUGUUUUGAUGGACGUUGUGAAAUGAUCGCAAUCAAGCUAACCAAUAUAUCCAUCACCUCUACAUUGUGUGUGUGCGUGUACACGCACACAUUGGAUUUCUACAAUUCCUGCCUCCUGCCCUGUAAGGUCCAUAAGGUGGGAAGCAUUAUGCCCAUUUUACAGAUGCAGAAUUGGGCUCAGGCUGGCCGCACCACUCCUCAGUGAUCGAGCAGAGAGCCCCGUCACCUGACCUUCUGCCUCCAGAUCUGUUACUCUAUUACAUCAUGCUGCCUUUCUGUCUGCAUUCAUCUGACAUUAAUUUAGCCAGGCUUCAUUAAGUACCCGCUGUGUGCGUAAUGCUGGGGCCACGCAAAGAUGAACGGGGCGCGGUCCCUGUGCACCAGAGCUUACAGAGUGAUAGAAGAGUAAGACUUGUGUGUCUGUAGCAUGUGGCUGAAAUGCUAUAGAAAUUCACGCUUCUGGGGCGCCUGGCUGGCGCAGUCGGUAGAGCGUGCAACUCUUGAUCUCCGAGUUGUGAGUUCCAGCCCCACGUGGGGUGUAAGGAUUACUUAAAAAUAAAAUCUUAAAAAAAAAAAGGAAAAGAAAUUCACACUUCUGAUGAGAAGAUGUGAAGACUUCACAGAGGAAGAAAGCCAUCUGAGUUUGGCCUUGGGAGAACGAGGAGGAAUCUGCUGGCAAAGACGGGGAGAAGGAGGUUGCAGGUUUGUCAUGCUGUUCACGGAUGACCUGGGCCAUAUUUCCCAGUGGAGAUCUAUCAUGGCGGGGAGUCUCGCAGGCAUGGUUUCCACUGUUGUGACCUACCCUACAGACCUCAUCAAAACCCGGCUGACUGUGCAGAACCUGCUGGCACCAUCUUACCGAGGGAUCUUCCAUGCUUUUUCUACUGUCUAUCAACAAGAAGGGUUCCUAGCCCUUUACCGAGGGGUUUCCCUUACGGUUCUAGGUGCUCUCCCGUUCUCUGCCGGCUCCCUUCUCGUUUACAUGAACCUGGAGAGAAUCUGGAAUGGACCCCGAGAUCGGUUCUCUCUCCUCCAGAACUUUGCCAAUGUCUGCCUGGCCGCUGCAGUAACCCAGACCCUCUCCUUCCCUUUCGACACAGUGAAGAGAAACAUGCAGGCUCAGAGCCCGUGCCUUCCGCACCGUGGAGGAGUGGACGUCCAUUUCUCAGGAGCGGUGGACUGCUUCCGGCAGAUAGUCAAGGCCCGAGGGGUCCUGGCGCUCUGGAACGGACUGACACCCAACUUGCUAAAGAUAGUUCCGUAUUUUGGAGUUAUGUUUGGCACCUUUGAGUUCUGCAAGAGAAUCUGUCUCUACCAAAACGGUUACACUGUGUCUCCUCUGAGCUAUCAGCUGACCCCAGGGGUGGAUCAGAGUUUGAAGCCCCAGGAAUUACGGGAAUUUAAAAAGUUCUUCAAAACCAGACAGCUGAAGUCUAAGAAACCAACUCUUUAAAACCGAAUGGGGCAAGAAGGGCACUGACUGAAGGCGUGUUACAAUCACAGAAAAGAGGUAGCCUCGGAAUUGCGUGUGCGUGGAGCGACAAGCGGGUCCUCCUGUCUGCUGCUCUCGGAAAUGAGAAGGUUGAGCCGCGUAUCACCUCCGAGAUCCGAUCUGAUGUCCUGGUGAACACCUGUGCCAGGGGAAGUUUCCCAACGUGACUGUUUUGUGGCAGCAUUCCACCCGAUUUCAUAACAAAACGUGGCUGUAGCGAAAUGUGCAACGUACACGUGCAACUUACACGACACCAAAGAAAUGGCACACCGCCGCGACCUCAAAGCGACGUGUAGUUGGAGUGGCUGAGCGGAUACAUACCACCCCGUGAGCUUAGCCGCAGGGUCACAGCUUGCACUAAGCCACACUGGCCUAGCUUUGCUCCAUUUGACCCGAGACUUCCCAACAUAGCUGCUCUGAAACUCCUAAUCCUUGCUGACUCCGGAGUGCACACGCUAUAGCGUAAAUUACACCUUCUCAGAAACUAAAUUAAAACGUUUAACAUUUAAAAAUUA